CAUACAUAUAAAAGAAGACAAUACUUAAUUGGUUAUCAGUCAAUAUCAAUAGCCAGUAUGAAACACAUCUCUUAUAUUUUAUUUAUUCUGGUGAUUUGGACCGCGAUUUGCGGAGCAACACGCCUAAACUGCACAAAACCACACGAGCAUUACGCAUGUGGAAGUGCCUGUCAAACCACAUGCGAAAAUCUGGGUGAAACAUGCCCCAUCAUAAACAUAAAAUGUAAUGAUGCUUGUUAUUGUGACAAAGACUACGCCAGAAAUGGUGAAAAUGUUUGCAUCCCCAUCGCCGAUUGUCCACCUAAGCACUUUAAAUCUUUGGUAUCAAUUAUCCAACAAAUUUUUGCAGAUUAUUCGCCCUACAAAAUCGUUUGUGACAGACCAAACGAACAUUACGAAUGUGGAAGUGCAUGCCAAACAACAUGCGCAACACUGGGUCAAACAUGUCCGAUCGUCAACAUCAGAUGUAACGACGGCUGUUAUUGCAACAGAGGUUUCGCCCGGAAUUCCCGUAACGUUUGCAUUCCAAUCGUUCAAUGCCCGAUUCCUUAA